CAGGCCCCACCCCCAUCUCAGCCUUUCCAGCCAAUGAGUGAAGGGAACAGCAAUGCAGCGCCAUCAGCCGCUCUCCCAGGGGCACCAAAAGAGGUUGUGAACCCUUCAAGUGGCCGGGCCACCCUGCUCGAGUCCAUCCGCCAGGCCGGUGGCAUUGGGAAGGCAAAGCUCCGCAAUGUCAAAGAGCGGAAGCUGGAGAAGAAGAAGCAGAAGGAGCAAGAGCAAGUGAGAGCCACGGGGCAAGGCGGAGACCUGAUGUCGGAUCUCUUCAACAAGCUGGUUCUCCGGCGCAAAGGUAUUUCCGGCAAGGGUCCUGGAGGCGGUGGAGACAACAACGCUCCCGGUGCUCCAGGGGGUGCCUUUGGCCGCAUAUCGGACACGAUCCCACCACUGCCACCCCCACAGCAGCCGCCUGGCGAGGAGGAUGAAGACGACUG